UUGUAAUUUCUCCAAAUACAGAAAAUUGGUGUGUAGUUUAAUUAACAACUAGUACUAAUAAAUUACUAAACUAAUCGACCGUCCGUCUCCGAUAUAUAUCCUAUAAAGAUAUUUAACCGCGACGCGUUGUCCACAGUCUCCUUCUUUCCCUUUCUCUCCGAUUUGUUCCCGUCGGUUGCGUCAUGUCGUCGUUUGUUCCGCCGACUCUCCGUCGUCACCGAUGCUUUUCCGUAGUUUCGAUUCUCCUUCUGCUAAGUCUCUCGGUAGUGGCGGCCGACGAUGUGUCCUGGACUGGCGAUUCCGGCCUCGAGACUCCUGGCUGCACCAAUAAGUUCCAAAUGGUUAAGGUCUUAAAUUGGGUUGAUGGUGUUGAAGGUGACUUCCUUACCGGCUUAACUGCUCAGUUCGGAGCAUCGUUGCCUUCUGCUGCUGAUCAGAGCGUUAGAUUUCCGGCGGCUUUUGUCGAUCCUCUAGACUCUUGCUCCAAUCUCUCUUCCAGGUUAGAUGGACAUAUUGCCUUGUCGAUCCGUGGCAAUUGUGCUUUCACAGAGAAGGCCAAACAUGCCCAGGCUGCUGGUGCUUCUGCUCUUUUGGUCAUUAAUGACAAAGAAGAUCUUGAUGAGAUGGGAUGUAUGGAGAAGGACGCUUCUCUAAACGUGAGCAUACCUGUCUUAAUGAUCUCUAAGUCAAGCGGGGAUGCUCUCAACAGGUCUAUGGUAGACAAAAAGAUUGUUGAGCUUCUGUUGUAUGCACCAAAUCGUCCUACUGUGGACUUCACUGCAGGGUUGUUAUUGCUCAUGGCUGUUGGAACUGUUGUCGAAUUUUCUGGUGCUGGAACCAGAAAAGAUGACCCAGAGAAGGAAAUCCUUGAUAUAAGUGUCACUGGUGCUGUAUUUUUUAUAGUGACAGCCUCCAUUUUUCUGCUGCUCCUUUUCUACUUCAUGUCAUCAUGGUUUGUAUGGGUCCUCACCAUAUUCUUCUGCAUCGGUGGCAUGCAGGGUAUGCAUAACAUCAUUAUGGCAGUUUUAUUGAGAAAAUGCAGACAUCUUAGUCGGAAAUCUGUGAAGCUCCCUUUGCUUGGGACUAUGUCAUGGAUGUCGCUUUUAGUGAAUAUUUUGUGUGUGGCGUUUGCUGUUUUCUGGUUUGUUGAACGGCACACAUCGUAUUCUUGGGUUGGGCAAGACAUCUUGGGCAUCUGUUUGAUGAUCACAGCCUUGCAAGUGGUUCGAUUACCUAACAUCAAGGUUGCUACUGUACUUCUUUGCUGCGCCUUUGUCUAUGACAUCUUCUGGGUCUUCAUAUCACCAUUGAUAUUUCACGAGAGUGUUAUGAUUGUGGUGGCCCAAGGAGACAGCAGCAGCGGUGAGUCCAUUCCGAUGUUACUAAGGAUUCCUAGGUUUUUUGAUCCGUGGGGUGGUUAUGACAUGAUUGGUUUUGGGGACAUCCUCUUCCCCGGUUUGCUCAUUUCCUUUGCUUCCAGAUAUGACAAGAUUAAAAAGAGGGUAAUAGCAAAUGGGUACUUCCUCUGGUUGACUAUCGGCUAUGGAAUAGGUCUGUUACUGACAUAUCUAGGUCUGUAUCUAAUGGACGGACAUGGCCAGCCCGCUCUACUGUACAUCGUACCCUGCACACUCGGUUUGGCCGUCAUUCUUGGGUUGGUAAGAGGAGAGCUUAAAGAACUAUGGAAUUACGGUGUCGAUGAAUCAGAAUCUCACACACCAGAGGAUCCUCUGCCUGUGGCAUAAGAACAUGAUUCAACAAUCUAAUUCCGUGUUAUCAAUCAAACCAGAUCAGCUUUCCCCCUGAACGUCGAGCAAAAUUUAGCAGACUUAAUCUGUGAGAGAUGAUGUACAAAAGCUUAUGUUUAGUUCUCGGCAAAACUAAACUUUAAUCGGAUACCAAAAGUAACACAAGAGACAUGUUGGAAAAUGUAGUAGUACUCAUGACAUUUUGUACAGAGUCUAUUUAAUCUUCUCUUGAAUUCAGACUUGCGCUAGUAACCAUCAUUUUAGUAUUUCAAGUAACGCAAAUUCCCUGUUGUUAUUAAUUCCUUUUUCGGAUACAAAUAGUCUCCAUAAAACUUGAA